GUCUCUUUCUCUUUCUCACUCUUGAUGUUCCCUCUCUUUCCCUUUCUCUCUCCCACUUUGCUUAAAGGUUUCGAGUACUUAGAAGAAGAAAAAGAAACACGGAACCAUCACGACUCCAUUAAAAAUAAAAAUGACAACAAAUUUAUAUAUGAUUGAGGACGAUGAAGAUUUCUCUGUGUCAUUCUGUCUAAUCUCGUUGCCAUUGUAGUUGUUGUUAGCUCUUUCGACAACGACAACAGUAGCACUUUAUGGCAGCGAUGAAGGUUCGUAGUAGGAGGCGCGACGUCGUUUCAUGGAGCAACUUCUUUUGGUGCACUGUCUUCAUUGUCACCUCUUUCUUCACUUUCUCUGCAGUUCGCCUCUUCUUCGCAGAUAAAUAUCAUCCAGUUCUUGGGUCCACGAGGCAAAAUUCGAUCUUGGAAGUUAUGAAGGACGUAACUCCAGUUUCUCCGGCCGUCUCGAUACAAGAAACGGUUAUGCUUCCAGAUCAGGUACUUGUUUACCUAAAAUACCCUCCGUCGGCUCGGUUAUUUGCCAAAGAGGACUUCCGCUGCGUUUAUUCGUCGACCAACUCAUCCUGGCCGAAUCUCAUCAAGCAACCGCCUAUUCAAAUAGACGGCGAGGAUUUUGAGAACCAGAUAGUACGGUGUUCUAUCCCCCCGCGUGGCUUUAUAUUAUCCCUUGAUUUAAAUCCACAUGGGAUUAUCCCAAUCGUUCACAUUCAAUGGUGGGACGCACUUGCUUACGAAGCUUUAAUCGACCGUGAUAAUUCCACGGUUGUUUUUGUUAAGGGACUUAAUCUACGGCCAGAAAGAAUGUCCAAUGCAUCAAAAUUCGAGUGUGUGUACGGCUGGGAUUUUAGUAACACAAAGUUUCUGUUAAGAUCAGAACUAUUGUCAAUCGGCCAGGAGAUCGGACGGUGUAAGACACCUUUAAGUGUCUUGAACGGCCCCCAAAGAGGAGAUAAUUCUGUCAAAGUAUCAAUUAGGAUCAAAGGUAAAGGUAUAUAUCGCACAAUAGCCCGCCCGAUUCGCCGGUUGGAUCGUAACCCGCCCGCCCGAAAGCAGCACCAAAUGUGCAUAUGCACCAUGUUGAGAAAUCAGGCAAAGUUUAUGAAGGAAUGGGUGAUGUACCACGCAGAAAUCGGAGUCCAACGGUGGUUCAUUUACGACAACAACAGUGAAGAUGAAAUUGAGAUGGUAAUCAAGUCAUUAUCUGAUUCAAACUAUAACAUUACUAGACACGUUUGGCCAUGGAUCAAGACACAAGAGGCCGGGUUCGCCCACUGCGCAUUACGGGCGCGGGAGUUGUGUGAUUGGGUCGGGUUUAUCGACGUGGAUGAAUUCUUUCACUUGCCGUCGGGAUUAACGCUAUACGACGUCGUGGGAAAUUACUCCGCGGAUAGUAAAAUCGCGGAGCUACGUGUUUCCUGUUAUAGUUUCGGACCAUCGGGGCUCAAGCACGUGCCGGCUGAGGGAGUGAUGGUGGGUUACACGUGCAGAAUGGUUGCCUCGGAGAGGCACAAGAGUAUAGUUAAACCAGAGGCGUUGAACUCUUCGUUGAUCAAUGUGGUGCACCAUUUUCAUCUGAGAAGUGGGUUUGGUUACGUGAAUGUGGAUAGAGGAACGUUGAUAAUUAAUCACUAUAAGUAUCAAGUGUGGGAAGUGUUUAAAGAGAAGUUUUACAGGAGAGUGGCGACUUAUGUAGUUGAUUGGCAGGAUACUCAUAAUGUGGGGUCAAAGGAUCGGGCACCGGGGUUGGGGACGAGAGCGGUGGAGCCGGAGGAUUGGUCGAGGCGGUUCUGUGAGGUGAAUGACAGUGGGCUGAGGGAGCGAGUGUUGGAAAGUUUUGUGAACCCGCAGACACAGCUUUUGCCAUGGCAAGAGGAGAAAGGAGAGGAAUUAAUUAGAAUUGUAAAAAUGGUGAGUGAAGAACCGAAUCAGAGCACCCAGGACCCAAAACAAACUAACCCAGUCCCUGAAAAUGGCCAACAUGCCGAGAGUCUGUUUAGCCCCAGAUUCAAAUCUGUGGCUGCCAUGGCUGGUUGGGACGAGGAGGCCAUUAUUGUCGCCGCCCUUGUUGUCGAAGACACGCCUGUUCGGGAGUCUAAGCACAAGAAACGAACAGAUCCGCUAUUCAAGUCUCCAAACUCCAGUUCACGAAGGUAUAAUCGUGUUUGCCCCGUGUCGAUUCCUAUACCCGUGUUAGACCUUGAUGAAGAAGAAACUGCGAAAGAAGAGAAAAAGAAUGUAGAAUUGAAAGAAAAGAAAACGAAAGUUGAGAAGAAAAUAAAAGAAAAUGAAUUGAGUGAACAGAGUUCUGGAGUUUCUUGCUCAAAUACGGUUCUCCAACGCAUGGAUAAACUCAGGGAUGAACUUUCUUGUGCGAUAUGUCUGGAGAUCUGCUUUGAACCUAGUACCACCACUUGUGGACACAGUUUCUGUAAGAAAUGUUUGAGAUCUGCUGCUGAUAAAUGUGGGAGGAAGUGUCCAAAGUGCAGACAGCUAAUUAGCAAUGGAAGAUCUUGCACUGUGAACACAGUUCUUUGGAACACAAUUCAGCUUCUGUUUCCACAAGAGGUUGAAGCCAGAAAGGCUGCUGGAGCCUUAAGUAGCCGAGAACUUGAUCAUGAAAAUCUACAAAGAGGAAUCCAGAACAAUGUGAGGACUCGAAGUAUGAGACCGUCAGCGGUAUCAAACACAGAUUCAACCACGAGGAGAAGGGAGAUACCAAGCCUAGAUGAGGAUGAGGAUGAGGAUGCUGAAUUAACUCAAAGGUUGCAGAGAGAAAAUAGCCCACUAAGAUUUUAUAAUAAUGUAAGGACGCGGGCAUCAAGUAUGAGGAGAAGGAGGAUAGCAAGCCAAGAUGAGGAGGCCGCAUUAGUUCUAAGGAUGGAAAGGGAAAAUCUUGCAAGACUGGUAAGUAGAGACGCAAGUGUCAGGAGGACAGGCACAAGAAGCCAAGAUGAGGAUGCUGCAUUAGCGCUAAGGUUGCAGAGAGAAGAGUUCAUGGAGGCUUUCAGGGGAAAUGAUGAGCAAUCCGGAAGAUCUGUUUCCUUGGCUACAGCAAACUUGAGAGCCAUGGCAUCGAGGGCAAUUAAUAACCGAAUGAGAGGCCGCCCGUUAUAG